GGCAGGUCAGAGAGGAAGAAGAGAUGUUUGAGAGACGCCGAUUUUGAAAUCUGUUUUUGUUUUUAUAAGGAAUUAGAAUGAACUUAGGACCGAAAAACCCUUAUGGUAAUGGCCUGGCUUACGCCGGGUUCAACCAAGACCAAGGAUGUUUUGCCUGCGGGAUGGACUCAGGGUUCAGGGUCUACAAUUGCGACCCAUUAAAGGAGAAGGAGCGGCAGGACUUCUCAGAUGGCGGCAUCGGUUAUGUGGAGAUGCUCUUUAGAUGCAAUUACCUGGCCCUCGUGGGGGGCGGGACGCAUCCUAAGUACCCCACUAAUAAAGUUAUGGUGUGGGACGACCUGAAGAAAAAGCACGUCAUUGAGCUAGAAUUCGCAUCAGAAGUCCGUGGCGUGCGGUUGCGGCGAGACAGGAUUGUUGUUAUCCUUGAUACCAUGAUAAAGGUUUACACGUUCACCAGCAAUCCGCAACAGCUCCAUGUUUUUGACACGGCCAAUAACCCCAAAGGGUUGUGUGUGCUGUGUCCAAACAGCAACAAUUCACUCCUGGCCUUCCCUGGGCCACGCGCUGGUCACGUGCUCAUCAUUGACCUCGCCAACACAGAAAAAUCUCCACAGGACAUCCUUGCCCACGACUCACCCCUCAGUUGUAUUGCCCUAAACCUCCCAGGAACAAGAUUGGCUACAGCCUCAGAAAAGGGGACGCUAAUCAGAAUUUUUGACACAGCAUCAGGAACACAACUAAAUGAACUCCGCAGAGGAGCCAAUGCAGCAACAAUAUACUGCAUCAACUUCAGUCAAGAUUCUUCACUGCUGUGUGUCUCAAGUGACCAUGGGACUGUUCACAUAUUUGCUACAGAAGAUGAGGACAAGAAAAACAAGCAGUCGAGCUUAGCCUCGGCCUCUUUUUUGCCCAAGUACUUCAGUAGUAAGUGGAGUUUCUGCAAGUUUGAGGUUCCUGGAGGAUCGCAGUGUAUAUGUGCCUUUGGACCCACCAGCAACUCCGUCAUUGCAAUAUGUGCUGAUGGCAGUUACUACAAGUUCACAUUCAACGCAAAAGGGGAAUGCAACAGGGAGGUUUACGCCCACUUCCUCGAAAUGACCGACGACAAAGCAUAGGACUUGUGCAGAGGUAGAUGUUUCACAAGAGUGCUCUGUGCACCAGCCUCAUGCACAGUGUUUUCAUUUAUGUACAUUAACACCAAUGUUGAGGGUUGUUUAAAAAUUAUGUGCAGUCUCGAGAUUUCAUGUGAUAGUCUAGUAGUAUGUACUGUGUA